GCCACAAGUGUGGGUUCUGCAAAGUAAAAGUGACACUUUUCCCAAAAUGGCUAACUUUCUAUUUUUUUCUUAAUCAUUUUCCAAUAACCCACGUAAAAACUCUUUUUCCCGUGGAAAAACCCUCGAAUUAGUUGUCAUUUUGGUGGUGAGUGGAUAGUGUGUGCUGUGGAGAAUCUCAGGGUGGUGGAGAAGGGCAUUUGGUGUGGCUGUGCGUGCGUGGGGUGAGGGUGAAAGUGGUGGAGUCCCGGAAUGGACCAAAAGUCGUCACCAUCGAACGCAGCAAAUGGACGGGGAAAGCUCCUGACGAACGAGAAGACGCAGAAGGCACCCGAGGAGGCACCAACAUCCGACAAGGCACCAUCGGGCAGUGGCAACACAGCAAUGACAACGAAUACAGCUGAAGCGGGAAGGUCCGGGAGUGUUGUGGAUGACACCAAGUCCGGAGAGAAGCGCGUUGGAUGUGCGCACUACAAGAGGCGCGCCAAAUUCGUGACUCCAUGCUGCAAUAAGACGUACAUGUGUCGCUACUGCCACGAUGAGCACGAAUCUCACUACUUCAAUCGCCGGACUGUCACACAGCUCAUCUGCACGGAAUGCGAGACACGCCAGCGUGUCCAGUCAGAGUGUGAAAAGUGUGGUGUGCGCUUUGGGAAGUACACAUGCCUAGUGUGCAAUCUCUUUGAUGACGAAGAGAAGGAUCAGUACCAUUGUGAUGGAUGUGGCAUCUGUCGUGUCGGCGGGAAGGAUAGAUUCUUCCACUGCGAGGUGUGCAACAUGUGCUUGCCGCUUCAGCUGAAGAUUGACGGGCACAGGUGCGUGGAGAAUGUUUCCAGAUCCAACUGCCCCGUCUGCCUGGAGGACAUUCACACUUCAAGGAUUCCCUGUCACAUUCCCGACUGUGGCCAUCUCAUCCAUCGUACGUGCUUCGAGGAAUUGCUGAGCUCUGGCCACUAUGCAUGUCCCACGUGCCAGACAUCAAUGAUCGACAUGUCAAAGCUGUGGGAGUAUCUCGAUCAGGAAGUGGAGAAUUCGCCAAUGCCAAAAGAAUAUGAGAACUACAUGGUGGACAUCCUGUGCAAGGAUUGCCACAAGGAAUCAAAUAUUCCUUUUCAUGCCGUUGGGCUCAAGUGUUCUUUCUGUGGCGCCUACAAUACGUGCCAGACAACGAGAUCCGCCGAUCGUGUAGCCUCUGCGGCAAAUGCCGAUGGGGAAGGCAAUUGAGAAUGCUAUACGAAUGUUUAGAGAGUUUUGAAUUCUGAUUGCACAAAAUUCCGCAUUCAGAAUCCCAUCUAAAUGUUCUGUACAAAAAUUGUGUACACACAUUUCCCGCCUAUCGCUGUAUCUUUACAGGACUUAGGCGUUUCUUUUUUCUUCAAGCAUGUUUAUUUUACAAUUUUUUUCUUGUGUUAGAUUUUACUUCCGAUAGGGAAAUUGAAAGAAAAAAAAAAGACGAUAUGAGGAUAUUUCCUCAGGAUAUUACUCAAAAUACAUCUUACAAUAUAAUACCUAAUGAUAAAAUGAUAAAUGAAAACAAAGAAUUAGAAGACACCCAAAUUGAUGGUGAUUUAUUUUUAUGCAAAGAGACAGUUUGAGAAAUUAUAUUAGGUAAUAAAUAAAAAAAAAAUAAAUAAAUAAAACUCAAAAUGAUAAAUAAAUAGAUCUUUGAAAAAUCAAUUUGAGUGUGUUCAUUAAAAAAAAAGAAGAGAAACACACUCAAUAUUGACGAAUUACCUUCUGUUAAUAGAAAAUAUAUAAUCAUGAUAGAUUUAUUGAUAUAAGAGUGCAGAGAAUUUUUCCAAAAUCUCCCUUUUUGGGAUUAACUCAAUUCGGGGGGAAGACGAGGCAGGUGUCGAGCGUGCUGUUGUAGAGGAAAAAGUGGAUUAAAUGCCCUGAAAAAAAAUAGGGUAAUAGCGCUGAUUUCCUCUAAAAAUUUUGAAAGGGUGUUCCAUGGUAAAUGCACAAUUUUAAUUACAUAAAUGUUUCUUUUAUAAAUUAAUCCGAAAAACAAUAACAGAGUAUGGAAAGUCCUAAUCUCAGUCCUAAAGCAAUUUUUGUAGGAACUUUGUUGGGUGAAGGAUUGGUAAGAUAAAAUUUGUUUGGAAGGUUGAUUGUAAAUUACAAUUCGUAAAGACCGCUUUGAGGGUUCUGAGACUGGUUGGUUUGUAUGAAAUUGAAUCUCCCAUUAUCUAAAAAACUUAAUAUAUACACUAUAUACAUGAAAAACUAUUCUUAUUUCCCCUUAAAAUAAAUAUUGGAUUGUACAUAUUCUGAUAAAAAUCUUUUCUUUUCUUUUAUAACAACUUAAAAAUGGUUGCAAGAUUUUGACAGAUGGUUUUUUAUUUUAAUCGUCCUAAAAAGAAAGACAGAAUUUUGUCGUUCUAGAAAACAGCUAGAAAGAUCUUUCUUUAAGGAUCCUUGGAAAAGUAAUUUCCCUUCAAAAAUACGAUUAAAGAGAGAAAUAAAAUGUCAAAAUCUUUUAAAAUUAUUUUCAGAAUACCAAAAAUCUUAUAACUGACGAAUUGUAAGGAAAGAAAAGAAAAGAUUUUUAUAAAAAUCUACCUUGUUGAUUAAAUUAUUUCUAUAAUAGGCCCACUGGCCUUUUCUUUCUAAAAAAAUCUUUUAAAAAUGCAUAAGAUUUUAAUAAAAAUUGAUGACUAAAAACUAAAAUAAUAUAAAAAAUGCUUGAAUUUAAUGCAAAACACAUGAAGACUAUUUUCUUUUCGAUAAAGUGAAAUCUUACAAUCAUCGAACUGUUAGAAUAUACAAGAAAAGAUUUUUUUUUUAAAUUCUUAAACAUUCUAGAAUAUCAAGUAUAAAAUUAUAAAAUUCAGUAAUUAACCCGUUAUUCUCUGUAUAAAUAUUUGGAGAGAAAAAUGACGUGAAAUUAUUUUUGUGCAUUUAACAUGAGCCACCCUACAUUGUGUAUGUAUAAAAAAAAAUAUUUCUUGUUAUUCAAUGUAUAGAUUAAUGAUGCCACUAAAUGUCAUUCAGAGAAUGAAUAAGAUUAUAAAAUAUAUUUGCUGUUACACUGAAGGAAAAUGAUUACAUAAUUAAACAAAAAUAAA